AUGGAAAGAGCUCCUAUUUUACUACUCCAAGCAUCUUUAAAUGGAAUAGAACUAGAAAUCCGGCAAGGGAGUGUCCUAAACCUACGCACAGAUGCAAUUGUAAACGCAGCGAAUGAAAAACUUGAGAAUGUUGGAGGCCUAGCAGGCCAAAUUAGCAAUCUUGCUGGCCCUCAGCUAGAAAAUGAAUGCCGUGAGUAUAUAAGAAGAAACGGACUUUUACAGCCAGGAAAAAUAGUUAACACUUCAGCAGGAAACCUCCCUUUCAGCUUCAUUUUGCAUACUGUUGGACCAUCGACUGGAAAAUCAAGCUUUAAUGAUUGUGACCAACUAGUAAGUGCUAUAUUUGGAGCUAUUGAAGCUGCAAAUGUUUUACAGCUCACAAGCAUAGGCAUUCCAGGCAUUUCAUGUGGCAUUUUUGGCUUUCCAAUUAUAGAUGCAGCAAGAUGCCAUAUAGACUCGUUUAUUAUUUAUGCAGGAAAUUUUAUUUUAAAAAACCCAAAUACCACCUUAAAAAAAAUUGUGUUCAGCCUUUAUACAGAAAAUGAAGCCUUGACAUUUCUUGAAGCUGCUUUAGAAAAAAAUAGACCUUUUGAUGACAUUGUGUAUCAUGGGACAUUAAGGGAACAAGGAUCUGGUUCAAAAUUUGGCUAUUGCCAUGUAUGCAAUGAUUUAGUAGAAAAUCCUGAUCUUUAUAUGAAUAUUUGCCAAAUGGCAAAAUGCUGUAGAGACGUGUGUAAUUUUUGUAUUUUUCAGCAAUGUUUAUAUAACUGUCCGAUACAUCAUACAAGAUUUGCAGAUGACGUUAUUAAUGGGAUUAACUUAUAUAUUUUGUGUAAGGAGUGCAAAAGUUAUAAAUUAGUCCAAGAAAAAGUUUGUGAGUGUAGACAAGUUUGUAGGGAAUGUAUUUUGAAAAUAAAUCUUUAUAUUAAUUAAGAGAUUGGGAUGGACUCAGAGCUGAGAAAACUCAAGUUCAAGAGGUGUGCAUCUGGAUAGGAUUUGGAUAGUUUCCUGGGGUUGGAAAUGGAGUUGCUCAACAACGUCCUUUGGAUCUGAGGACCGAUAAUAAUUCUACCGAGGAACUGGAGGCUUUGGCCAAGGCCAUAGGGGAACAGUCUUUUUCCUGUAGCUGUUGAAUGGAGGCACUUCAACAUCCGAUAAACUCCAAGAAUCUGGGAAUCAAGCUACUAAUCGCCGUAGCAGGGGCAGCAGAAAUCUAUAAGCCCGCCCACUCAAGACUGGAGCAACAAGGCAAUGAGGAAACAGAAGGUACCAGAAGAGCACUUGUAGAGGAAUAGACCCUCUGGGCUGGAGCCGAAAAGCGGUAGAACUUUCUGUACAGGGGGUCUUUAGUGACUACGUCACCAAUAUGGCUAACACCUGAGUUUUAGUAAUCCUAAUCCUAAUUAGCAGAUGGGCUUGGCUAAGUGGUUAUGAAGUCACAAAGACCUUUGAGGAUUGUCCUCUUUGCGAUAUCCCCAGUGCAUACUUAAACAAUUGAGAUAAGUUUGCUGGCAAGUUGUCUCACAAACCAUCUUGCUCCUUCUCCGGACACUAUCCGAUUUCGUCUGCCGAAGAUAUCUCCUUUCAGCUCCAGUUUUUAGUGGUGGACUAUAGACUUCUACGAUCCUGCAUCGGACAAUUUGGCGGUAGCUAUUUUCAGAAAAAGCCUAGAGUCUAACGGGUGUGAGUACCCUCAGUAACUACAGGAAAAAAAACCUAGGCUGCAACCCUGGCAUCAGGUAAAGUCCGCCUCAGGUCUCGAAGAACAUUGAAAGUUACUUCUUUCGAACCACAGGAACUAAUUCAAAACCUACCCGAUAUACAUAAUCGCUUAUCAAGCCUGAAUCUUAACUUGCUUCUCGCCUAGUUUUGCCAGAGAUAGAUUGUGAUUAGAUCAUCAUUUUUUAUAUAUAUCUGUUUUAAAAUAAAUCAAGGAAGGGAAUAUCUUAGAUGUAUAUGUAGACAAAAUAUUCCAUAUGAGAGGUAUAAUGGAUUAAUUUAA